GGCUAUCGACGUCAAGCAAUAAGCUGCGAUUUCUUAACCUAAACGUUUGAACAGUGAACAUCUACUUGACUGUGACUUUGGCCUGUUUUGCAAACUUCAUCUGAACAUGUCUUCUUCCGAACCUUCAGACGUAAAGGAAAAAAAUCCGAGAGGGAUUCCUAGAGCACCUUUCAUUGCUAGUGUAGAGGAAUUCCUGGGACCAAGUCCUAAUGUUGAGGAGGCUUUGAAGAAUCUUCAGACUGCACUUGCGAAGUAUAAGUACAUGGAGAGCAACCUUGCGACACGGCGGCGGACUCUUGAAGAGAAGAUACCCGAUAUCAAGAAAUCAUUAGCAAUGGUGGAGUUCCUGCAGGAAAGACGUGAGGGCCCAAGUAAAUCGGAAAACGAUGACCUCGAGGGUGAUCUUGAGGAUAACGAUGAAUCAACCCAAACCCCCCUCAAAACAACGUUCGAGUUAAAUGAUACUCUCUACGCAGAGGCAGAACUCGAGGACACAGACACCGUGUUCCUUUGGCUAGGAGCAAAUGUCAUGCUAUCAUAUAAAAUCCCUGCCGCAAUCGCCCUUCUCCAAUCCAAGCUGGAGGGUGCAGAGAGUAGUCUGAAUGCCGUUAUUGACGACCUCGAAUUCAUCCGAGAGCAGGUCACCGUCAUGGAGGUGAACACUGCUCGUGUAUUUAAUUGGGAUGUCAAGCACAGGCGGGAACUUCGCGAAAAGCAAGCCAAAGAAGCACAGAAGGACAAUAUUUAAUCAUCAUUGCGAUCUCAUAUACGCAACGCUUGUACUUGUACCCGGAAAUACUAUACACUCAGUUUACUUGCAUCACUCAGUUUUGAAAGAGGAUACGUGAGCUGCGAAGCAAACUUUUACGACAAUAACAGGUCGGGAAUCAC